ACGGCCUUCGGAUGGACGCCAGCAGCGACAGCAUGCACGUGGUGAUGCUGCCAUGGCUGGCGUUCGGCCACAUUCUCCCGUUCGCCGAGCUCGCCAAGCGCGUGGCUCGGCAGGGCCACCGAGUCACGCUCUUCUCCACGCCGAGGAACACGCGCCGGCUCAUCGACGUGCCGCCGGCACUCGCGGGGCGCAUCCGCGUCGUGGACAUCCCGCUCCCGCGCGUCGAGCGCUUGCCGGAGCACGCCGAGGCGACCAUCGACCUACCCUCCGACGACCUUCGCCCCUACAUGCGCCGGGCCUACGACGACGCCUUCCCCCGUGAGCUGUCGCAGCUGCUGCAGCAGGAGCCGGGCCCGACGAGGCCGGACUGGGUCCUCGCUGACUAUGCCGCGUACUGGGCGCCGGCCGCCGCCGCGAGGCACGGCGUGCCGUGCGCGUUCCUCAGCUUGUUCGGCGCCGCGGCGCUAUGCUUCUCCGGUCCCGCGGAGGCGCUCAUGGGCCGUGGCCCGUACGCCAAGACGGAGCCGGCGCACCUCACCGUCGUCCCCGACUACGUCCCCUUCCCGACCACCGUCGCAUUCCGCGGCUACGAGGCACGCGAGCUGUUCAAACCGGGCUUGAUCCCGGACGACUCCGGCGUGUCGGAGGGCUACCGGUUCGGUCAGUCCAUCGAAGGAUGCCAGCUCGUCGCCAUCAGGACCAGCAGGGAGUUAGAGCCGGAGUGGCUGGAGCUGCUCGGUGAGCUGUACCAGAAGCCGGUGAUACCGGUAGGGAUGUUCCCUCCGGCGCCAUCGCGAGACGUCUCCGGCCACGAGGAGACAUUGCGGUGGCUGGAUAGGCAAGCACCAAACUCCGUCGUCUACGCAGCCUUCGGCAGCGAGGUGAAGCUGGUAGCAGAACAGCUGCAGAGGAUCGCGCUCGGUCUGGAGGCAUCCGGGCUGCCGUUCAUCUGGGCAUUCAGGACGCCGGCGGACGCCGCCGACGCCGCCGGGUUGCCGGACGGCUUUGAGGAGCGCGUCAACGGUCGGGGAGUCAUAUGCCGUGGCUGGGUACCUCAGGUCACGUUCUUGGCUCACGGAUCAGUCGGUGGGUUCUUGACCCACGCCGGCUGGAACUCCAUUGCCGAGGGCCUCGCCAAUGGCGUCCGGUUGGUGCUGCUGCCGCUGGUGUUCGAGCAGGGCCUCAAUGCCAGGCACCUUGCCGAGAAGAAAAUCGCCGUCGAGGUGGCGCGGGAUGAGGACGACGGCUCGUUCGCGGCCAAAGACAUCGCGGCCGCGCUGAGGAGAGUGAUGGUGGAAGAGGAAGGCGAGGAGUUCGGGGUCAAGGUGAAGGAGCUCUCCAAGGUGAUCGGAGAUGAUGAGGUGAACGACCGAUACGUACAAGAUUUUCUCAGGCGCCUGUCAGAAUACAAGAUUCAGCGACAAGGAUAGUGGCGUUUUCUGUCUGAAUGUCGAUAUGAUUUGUGUCGUUUUAGGUCUCAUGUAGCGGUAUCAAAUUCGUGUUCUGAAAUUGAAUAAAUGUUGUGUUUCUUUAUGAAAGAUGAACAAUAAAAGGACAUCUAAC